UUUACGCUGCCAUUUUGUCCGGUAUAGACAGAGCAGUAGCAGUAGUCUCACGGUCAGUCUGAGCGCACAUCAGCGGAAGAGACUCCAAUCACAGACAGCGGCGCCAGAGUGAACCUUCUGUGGCGGAUAUUUUAACGAAUAAGGGUGAAAAGGGAAAAAUAAUACGGCGGUAAUGGGAAACAGACAACGACAGGACAGCACUAACUGAAGCCGACUUCCACGAGAGGAAAGUAGUGAGCGGGAGUGAGCUGUCAGACUCUAACUUCACGACUCCGUCUGCUUGCCUGUGCUCCUCAUAUACACCUCUGCCGCUCGCCCGCUCCCUGGCUGCCUGCUGGGGCUCAACCCGCUCCGCUUAGCAGCUCACUGCUAACACCCAGCGGAUUCUCUGCUUCAUCUGUCGCCUUGCGGGAGAAGCUACACCUGCGCGGGCUGUCAGUCAUCCACUACCUGCGUGCGAACCCCGGACAAUGUCCUUUUUUCAUUUUGAGGUACUUUUCACGCCCAGUGCGGCUUUAACGCACACUUUUACGUGGUAGCCUCGGCUAAGGAGCUAACAAGUAGACGUGGAAGAAGAACUCGACGACUUUUUUUCUGUCGAGAUUUGUUGCUCCAAGCUGGGAUUUCUAAUAAUUAAUACUUGUUAUAUUUGUAAUAUUCCUCUAAUCCAGCGCACGUUAACUUUAGUUUUUUAAUCAAACAAUCCAGGUUUUAAGAACCAGCAAUUUAGCUAUGUUCAUAUGUGGCCAGAAAGUUCUUGUCUCCAGUGUUUACAGAAUCCACAGUGGAACUCUUUCCUGGUUCCAGUGCUGUGACGAGAACGUUAGCUAACAUUGACUAGAUUGUAGCAGUUAGCGCUUUUCUUGUUUACAAAUCACAUUUGUAAAACAGAAACUUGUGCCAAAACACAAAACUUUACUUAAUUGAUUAAAACAUUUAUUUACAAACCUUACUUUAAAUAUAGUGUUGAAAUUUAAAAAUAUGCCAAUGGUUUCAUACGUUUAAGCAUUUGUUAGCAAUUGAACAAUCAAAACUCCUGCAAGCCUUUUUUCAAAUUUGUCAGUUGUCAAAAAAAAAUUAAUUAUUUUGAUCACUUUUAGAUAACUAGAUUUUAGCUAAAUCAUUAAGCUGAAUUAAAUUCUACUGCAGAAAUCUAGAAAUAUAAUUAAUGUGCUAACCUUUUACCAUCUAGUGGUGGAGAUCAACUUGGCACCAUCUCAUCCUGCCAUAACAUUUUCAGACAGUACCAUAACUUAUUAUAAAAGUUAUUUUUUAACAAUUAAAACACUAAAUAGUGUUGGACAAGGAAAAAAAACUAUUGCUGUGGGAUUUUUUAAAACACAUUUAUGUUACAAAAAUUAUAUCCCACCAGCUUGAGACACUUUUGUAUCUGCGGCUCAACAGUGGGUGUCAAAUUGUCAAACCUUUUACCUCCAAGUGACAGUGGAGCCACAUUGAAUUGCGACCUUUAGGUAUCUAGUCCAAUUGAUUGGAUCAUCAUUGUGCAUCAGUUAAUUUUAAGGUGGACAAUAUAAGAAGGAGAAAAAACGAACAAGAAGAGAAACAAAACAGAGGAGAUGUCAGGCCAAUCCAUCACCGAUCGGAUCGCUGCAGCACAGCACAGCAUGACUGGCUCGGCAAUCAGCAAGGCUGUGUGCAAAGCCACCACACAUGAAGUCAGUGGACCCAAGAAGAAGCACCUGGACUAUCUUAUCCACUGUACCAAUGAGAUGAACGUGAGCAUUCCCCAGCUGGCCGACACGCUGUUUGAGCGCACGGCCAACUCUAGCUGGGUGGUUGUCUUCAAGGCUCUUAUCACCACACAUCACCUCAUGAUGUACGGCAAUGAGCGCUUCAUCCAGUACCUAGCAUCAAGAAACACUCUCUUUAACCUACACAACUUCCUGGACAAGGGAGCUCUGCAAGGUUACGACAUGUCGACUUUCAUCAGGCGGUACAGCCGUUACCUGAACGAGAAGGCCAUGUCCUACAGACUGGUGGCUGUUGAUUUCACCAAGAUGAAAAGAGGCGUUGAUGGAGUGAUGCGCACCAUGACCACGGAGAAGCUGAUCAAGACGCUACCCAUCAUUCAGAACCAGCUGGAUGCACUGCUGGAUUUCCAGGCCAACCCUAAUGAGCUGACCAAUGGAGUUAUCAACUCUGCCUUCAUGCUGCUCUUCAAAGACUCCAUCAGGCUGUUUGCAGCCUAUAAUGAAGGGGUCAUCAACCUGUUGGAGAAAUACUUUGACAUGAAGAAGAACCAGUGUAAAGAUGCUCUGGACAUCUACAAGAAAUUUCUAUGCAGGAUGACAAAGCUGUCAGAGUUCCUCAAAGUGGCAGAGGAAGUUGGAAUAGAUCAGGGUGACAUCCCAGAUCUCUCACAGGCCCCCAGCAGCCUCCUCGAGGCCUUGGAGCAGCACCUGGCCUCUUUAGAGGGCAGGAAGACCAAGGAAUUAAACGCAGACACAAGGGCGUCUACUCUGUCCAACGCCGUAUCGUCCCUGUCCUCCACCGGCAUGUCUUUUAGUCGUAUGGAUGAGAAGGAGAAACAGCAAGCGUUGGAGGAGGAACAGGCCAGACUGCAGGCACUUAAGGACCAGCGCUUGAAGGAGAUCGGCAUGCAGACUCCGCCCUCUGCCUCUCCCAACAGCCAGAGGAUAGGCAUCGCCCAUAACAACCACCACAUCACACACACCCCGGAGUUGUUCACCUCUGCGCUGUCAACCAACAAGUACCUUGUUCCCAAUCUGAAUAGUGACCUGUUUGAUCUUCAGCCGGCCUUCAUACCUGCUGUGCAGAGCUCUCCUUCCAUCUCCACCGCCAACAGUGCCUGGGGAGGACUGGAGAACCAGCCUCUGCAGCAGACUACACCGGCCAUGACUGUAGAUUUCGAUGCUGUGUUUGGAAAUAAGGCCUCGCCCAGUAACAACGGUCUACAACCUGCAGCUGGUUUUGAUGCUCUGGGAGACUUGUUAAAGCCCACAGUUCCCACACACACUGCACCUCCUCCUCCUCAAAUGGCCAUUCACCAUGGAGGAAAGCUGCUAGCCAACGACCUCGACUCCUCUCUGGCCAACCUAGUGGGCAAUCUGCAGUUUGGUGGAACCCCAGCCAAAAAGCCAGAGAUGCAUUGGAACCAGCCUGGAGAGAAGAAGCUGACGGGCGGCCAGAACUGGCAGAACAAGACCAUGUCAACCACACAGUGGAACCCCACACCUGUGGCUGCCCAGCCCAUGCCUGUACAACACAUGCCUCCAGCUCCCAUGGCUUUCCCCAUGACUACACCGCAAGUGCCUGUGUAUGGAAUGGUUCCUCCCCAGAUGGGUCAGAUGGGCGGGGUACCAUUGAUGGCUCCACAGCCAAUGAUGUACAACCAGCCUGUUCUCAGACCCACCAACCCCUUCGCACCCAUGCCUGGAGCCCAGAUGCAGUUCAUGUAAUGCAGUCAGCAGGUGGGGACACAGCGUGCCAAAAGCGACAAACAAACCAAGAAUCAGCAGAAGAAGAAAAACACAAAAAGGAACGGAAUUGUGUUGAUGGACAGACAGAUGGACGAAUGGAGAUACGUUUUGAUCAUCUUUUAACGUCUCAGAGACCAGAUGGACACAAAAGGUCAACCUGAUAACCAAAAACACAGGAUCUAGAGAGGAGAAGGUGACCAGCAGAGGAGGGAGGGGGCCGAAGUGGAGGUCUUUGUCUGAAACAACUCCCGUGUGUGUGUGUGUGUGUGGCUGUGGUAUAUUCUCUGGGUUCAAUAUUACAGAUGGUGUGAAGGAUUCUUUAGUGAGUGCACAGAGAAGAGAAAGCAAGGAUAUGUCAGAUUAGAGAGAGGUGGGAUCUGACCUUCUUAAUUGAUAUAUCCUAGAGAUGAAUUAUUAUAAUCCUGAACUUGAGUUUGAGUUUGACUCACUUGGAGCCCUUACUCAACGGUUUAACCUGCUUAAUGUAGUUGUGACAGAUCACGUCACAGCAGCCCUGGUUCAAAAAGGUCCAACUUGAUAUGGAAGGAGCAGGUUAUCCUGUUGAGAAAUCAGUUCUGGGACAGCAGGGAUCUGGUGAUCUUGUGCCAAAACAAAGCCAAGUUUUCCACUUCCUCGGACAAGUCAAGAUGUUGCCUAGACCCCACUUCUAGGACCUUUGGUUUCUGACACUAGAGUCAACCCACCACAAUAUUCAGGUGGAGAAAAAUGAUUGUCAGACUGAUAAAGUCUCUGCUGCAGAAUUAGCUUUAUUUCAAACUGGUGCUAUUUCGUCUUCUCUGUUUUUGCCCGCCUGCAAGCGUGCAAUCGUGGAGGACGAGUGUGUGUGUGCGUCAAGUGUUUGUUGUUUUGUUGCGUGUGAAUGGCAGUUGUUUCAGACGACACCUUUCAGUGACCAACUGCUGUUUCUUCCCUUGUGUGUCCUCGUUGAAAAAUAUCCAAAUUGGCAGAUGAUUUAAAACAUGACGUUUCUGCUGUCUUUCCCUCUAUUUCAUUAAUUUCUUUUUUUUUUUUUUUUGGUCCAGAUUGACUAAAAACAAUGAGCUAGUGUUGCAUGCUCUUGUUCAGGGACAACCAUUUGUUUUAAUUGCUGUUUUUAUUGUAAAUUUAUUAGCUCUUCUAAGGUCAUUUUCUUGCCCACAGCGCUUUAUUUUCUUUUAUUUAAAGCCCCAUAGAAAAAGAAAUUAGCACAGAUGUCAUGCUAACUGUGACAGACAGGUCCAAACCACUCGUGUACAAAAACAUUUUUGAAGUUUUUUAAAAAGUCUUUGAAUCAUGAAUAGCACAGCUAUGUUUGUCAGCAAUUAAGCUGAAUGCUAGCUAAUGGCUGACCCGGUUACCCUCUAGUUAAAAGUUUAAUGUUGGUCCCUUGAUCAAGGCUGGAGGGUCUAAAAUUAGUAAAAUUAUUUCCCCAUUUGACAUAAUAUUUAGUAACGUAAAUAUAUAGUAACGUCAUUUUUAAAAAGUGUAAAAUAACUAUCAGUCCCUUCAAUUUGGGCUAUGUCUUGGAGCAAGACAAAGAUAAUAAGAGUUUUUUUUUUGUUAAAUUGUUAAAAAUACAACUGGUUUUGUUUAAAGCCUUAGAAAAUGAAUUUUGACAACUAUUGUUUUAGUAAAAUGGAAGAUUUUAGAAUUUUUUACUCCUUAUUAGCAAACCUUGUCCUGCUAGCACCUUGAUACCAGUUUGUAUCUGUUUGUUUUCAUUAGCACGUUUCUAAAUCAACCUAAAAUCUUUUUGAACUUGCACUGAAUCAAAGCGAGACCUUUUAAUUCCAAGUGCAACUUCUGUGCUCAGAACAGUACAUCACAGAACCCAUGUUUCAUCAUUCUAGAUCAUUUGUCCAAGAGUAGGUUUUAAAUUUGAAUGAAAUUCAAAAGUCGUGGUUAAUCCUCAGCCAAAGCUUAUGUCGCCAUGAGAUUGACUGUUGGUGUUUUUGUUUUGUUUGGAUUUAUUGUUUACGUGUGUUGGUGUGUGUUUUUUAUGUCUGUGAAAUGUUUUUCGAGGGUUUGUUUCGGGGGGUCAAAUGUUGAGCCAAAUCUGAGCUGAGCUUUGACUUGAUAUGUGCUCGUUAUUUUCUUUUGUAAAAACAAAAAACCUAAAAAAAAAAUUGAAUUUUUAAAUUUUGUUGCGGAAUGCACAUGCAAAAACUUUGCACUGAAGUGACGAUCCUGCCAUAGUAGAUCUCUUUUUGUUUUUGUUUGGUGUGGAUAAAGAUAAGAGAGUUUGUAAAGUUGAUUUUGGGGAUUUUUACAAUAAUUACAUGUUUGUCUAAUCUUUGUACUCAAACAUUAUUUUCUGGCCAUUUUACCAACAGAUGCCUAACUGUUUGUAGUUCCAUUCCCAUGUAUUUUUUUCUAACGUCAACACGCCAACCAUCAGUGCUAAUCCACUCAUCUGCUGUGAAAUCUUUUGCUUUAGUGUCUGUAGUUCUAGAAUUCUUUUUAGUCUGGUUCUUCACUGUUAGAUAUAGGUGUAGAUAUGUACAAAGUUGUAACAAUCGCCAGUUUCCGUCUAGAUAGAUUGUCCACGCCUGCCCAUCCCUGUCGCUCUUGGAUAAAUAUUGAUCUUCUGGUAGCAGUCUUGUGUUAGCUUAGCCUCCUUCUCCUGAAAUCUGUAGGCGAUCUCCCGCUGUAGGUUUCACACCUCAUCCCCAUGCAGCCAGUGUUUAGUAAUUAUAGCUCUAUUCUGCGCUCGGUGUCUCUGUCCUUUAGGUGUUCAUGGAAACUUUAGAGCCUCAGGUUUUGUGGUCCGCUUUCCUCCUAGUUUUAAUGUGUGCUGUUCCUCUUUAGCGUCAAUCCGGUGUCUGCUAUCAAUGGUCCUACAUUUUUGAUUUGCAUUUCCCUCCUAUCUAUAUUGUCAACAUUGCUCUCGUGCAUUUUGUUCUGAUGUUGACAUUUGACAAACUUCUGAUUCUGAUUGGACAAUUGGGACUGACUUUGAGAACAUAGUCGAAUCUUGUUUGGUAUAUCCUCUAUGCAUGUUUUAGAAGACCAUUAACUAAAUGCUACCACAUUUUCACAGUAGCUACAAAGUCUUCUUUUAUAACCUCAUAAUUCAGUGGUAAAGUUUGGCAAAUUGGAAGAAGUGUCCAAAGUUCACACCAAAACAAAUGCCCCUAAUCUAAUUAUUUUUAACAUUAGAAAACCAAACAUGCUAACGCUCAUACUAACUUGUAGUUUUACAUUCUUAUCCAGUAAGUACGAUUGUUUCCCCUUUUUAAAAAAAAUCUAAAUCCUAAAACUUUUUUUUCCCGUUUUCUGUUUAAUUCUUUAUUGUCCAUCACUGUCUUUGUGUUCUGUAAAUUUCUCUGCAUGAAAACCCAGUCCUGCUCGCAGUUAUGAGAUUUUAUUUGUGUUUGUGUCUCCAGUGGUUUCAGAAUUGUCAACUUUUGUGCGAUAAGAGAUUGUAGUUCAGAUAAGAGGUCACAAUUACAACAGCUUUAUCAUGUGGGUGAUUUUCGUAUCCACGGAGGUUUUGGUUUUCGGCCGAGCAUGCAGGAUCUUUUCAGGCUACUGGGGAUUAUCCAGUGGGACCAUAAUUCUCUGGGACUGCCAGAGGACUCUUGGGGGCAAUUCAGGAUCAAAUUUCUUCUUUCUUGUUGGUUUUCUACAGAAGGUUGUCUCUCUACUUCAGAAACGCUGCUAGCAUUUUUCUGCAUCGUUGUAGCAUGAAUUUAUAGAGAGUUGGAGGAAGUUGACAGAUAAACCUCGAUGUCAUGUUAAAUUGUUCCUUCUCUGCCCAACCUUCAGGGGCCAGAUUCUUCUUCAGAGUUGGUGUUGGGAGCAUGGUUGUAAUGUUAGUGGCUGUUUGUUGUCCUGUUUCCAAAAAAGCAUGAUAUGAUAGUGAUGGUGGUGAUGACGACAAUAACAAAUCCCCUUUCUCUUGGAUUCCCAUUUUGUAAUUUUAUCGUCUGUGACAGAAGCGACAGAUCAGAUUGACUUUGUCGUUCAUUUCCCUGAAUCUGACAGAUAUUUGUCCUGUGAACAGGCAAGAGACUGUAGCAAUGUUUUUUCUUUGUUUGUUUGUUUUAAGAUGUUACUUCUCCUUGAGAAGUCAAAAUUAUUACUUUCAGCACAUGUAUGCCCUCAGUGCCGGAGCCAGUGCUGCACUGUGGUGCACCACCUUUGGGCCACGUUGAGUGUAGCGCUGAUCGAAAAGCUAAAAUUAAAGUGCCCACAGAAACAAAAGAAAUUAAAGAACAAACAUAGACGCAGAUGAUUUUUUUUCCCACGUUGUUUUUGUUUUGUUUGUGAGUCGUGUGUCGAGUCAAUGAUGGAUCUUGUGCACGUUCCUGUUUUUUCUACAUCAAUGUUUUUUGGUAAGAAACCUCGGGAUUGCUGUCCCACUAUUCUGUAUAUAACGAAAACACAAACAACACAGAGCUUAAACACAUAUUCUCAUAAUCCACAGUUUAUUUUUUCUGGUAUUUACUCUUUAUUUUUUUGAAUGUAACAGAUUCAUGAAUACAGCAGUAUAUAAGUAUGAUUUUUAUCUCAGCGGGGGGGUGGGGCUUAACAAUCAGACGAUGCAGACCUCCGCGGAAAUCAGGAUCAGAAUUCUCAAAGAUGCCAAAUAUUUGUGUUUCCUUUUUAAACAGACUAACCCUUUAUAUUCUCUCUCUCUCUCUCUCUAGCUCUCUCUGUCCUCCUUCUCCUCCCCCAUGACCUCUUUGUACAUUUUUCUAUUUAUUUAAUGCAGAAUUAUCGAUCCUAUCAAGCAUGGUAAGGCUUACAAAUGUUACAGUGGAUUCAAAAAGGAAUCAGGCUUUUAUUUUACAGCAGAAUCUUUGUUAAUUCCUGGGAUUUGUUUUCUCUGUCCUUUUUGGAAGAAAUAAAGUCAUUUUCCAUUCCUAAAA